AUUAAAGUAAUUGGCAAGGGUGCUUUUGGUGAGGUAUACCUAGCAGUAGAUUUGACUACAAAGGAGCAUGUAGCUGUCAAAGUUGAAUCCCCAGAUUGUAAAAAGCCGGUCUUGAAACUAGAGGUAGCUAUUCUUCAAAAGCUACAAGCCUCAUCACAUGUAUGUAAAAUUAUUGCCUGUGGGCGCUCCUCGAAGGAUUCAAACGACAGCAUUUACAGCUACCUUGUAAUGGAACUCCUGGGCUCAAAUCUAUCGGAUCUUCGUAAGCAACUGGGAGGAAAAUUCAGUAUAGCAACCACUGCAUUGUUAGCAAAGCAAAUGCUUCUAGGGAUACAAUCUGCCCACGAAAUUGGAUUUCUUCAUCGUGAUAUCAAACCAGGAAAUUUCUGUAUAGCCUCUCAAGGGUCCACUUAUAUUGACGAGUGUAGGCGGCUAAGAUGUUUUCUCAUUGACUUUGGAUUGUCGCGGAGAUAUCUUUCAUCGUCUGGAAAAGUUCGCGAGGCUCGCACCAAAGUUGGAUUUCGUGGAACUGCAAGAUAUGCAUCCAUCUCAGCACACUGCGGAACCGAACUUUGUCGUGUAGACGAUUUGUGGUCACUUUUUUAUAUUAUUGUCGAGUUUCUCACUGGUGCUCUACCCUGGAAAGGGAGGGAAAAGGAAAAGAUUGGCGUCAUGAAAAAGGAGUUGACAAAUCCACAACUUGUGGCUGAAUUGCCACAACCUGUACUAUCGAUUUAUUCGUAUCUGAAAACAUUAAGUUAUGAAGAUGUGCCAGAUUAUAAGCUGAUGUUACAUUUUCUUGACGAGCUGUUUAAAAGCUCAAAGAUGCCAGAGAAUGUUCAGUACGAUUGGGACAUAAAGCACACUGGUAGUCCUACACCAUCGACUGAAAAUCACAGCCAA